UGUAUGUUAUCAUAGGUUGUGUUAAUUUUCGUAAAUUUUUAAUUAUAUUACUGAAAAAUUAAGAAUGUUAGAGCCUUGGAAUGAUAAAUCAGUUUUACCACCUCCAAUAAAUACAUCACCGUGCCAAAUUAAUUUUAGUAUAAAAGAACUUAAAAGUGGUUGCAAUACCAUAAUACGGGUGUUAUCUAAGCAGUCACCGCUUCAUAAGGAAAGCGCUAUAUUUUCCCGAUUUUUAUAUAAAUUCGAUAAAAAAUUCCGCAACGACAUUGGCUAUAGGAACUUUAAAAAAGUUUAUACAGCUCUUCGGAAAUAUUUGUCUCUAACGUUGUUGAAAGAUGUUCAAAACUUUAUUGAUGUAUUACCUGCAAAUAAUGAAGUCGAGCCCUACUUACCUACAAGACAAAUGUUGCAGUAUAUUUUAGUGAAAAUUGUCACAUUUUCAAAGUUGAUGUACAGAAUAACAGUAUGUUCUAAACAGGCAGCUAUUUUUUAUUUGAAUAGAAUUAAACUAGGCGAGAGUCAUUGGAUGUGUCUAAUGCCAUAUGCAUUACUCUGUCGAAUAUGGUCUAUGGUGUUAGUUUUAUUACAGCACUCUUGUAACUGGUACAACCAACUGUACCCUUUUCUGAAACAUUUACCAUAUAAGGGAUUAGAUUUCUUACCAAAAGAAUACCAGUUGCCUGUAGAUUUAGAGGAAUGGAUCAAUCUAAAAAACAUAAACCAAGCAGGAAGACUUGAAUGGUCCCAAAAACUCAAUGUCAAUGUAGAGUCAGUAAUUAUGGUUGAAGAUGAGGAGGGUGAUGUAAGUGAAAACCUAUUGAAAUAUGUAAAUAACAUUAAUAAGAAUACGGACAGUGAUGAUGAGACUGAAAUACAAAUAGUUUUGCCAAAACAAGAUGUUCAAUCUGAGAUUGUAUCAAAUGAAAAAUAUGAUGAAGGUGUUGCAAUAUCUAGAGAGACUUUUAAAACUAUGAUGAAUUUACCAUCUACUGUGACCAAUCCUGCAGUAUCAAAAAUUAAAGAAAAUCAUGCAAUUGAAAAUGUGACAAAUAGAGAUUCACUAUUAAAAUUUAUAGAAAAUGAAGAGGAAUUUAGAAACAAAUCAAAUGACAUAUCCCUUACUGGUCACUUAAGUUUUAUGCAGUGGCAAGCUUUAAAAAUGACUCUGCUGAAACUGGAUGGAUCAUUAGAUACAAGAAAACUAGAAAAGAAGUUUAAAAGGAUUUGGCAAGAAAAAUGCUUAGAUUACGUAUAAGAAUAAAACAUAACUCUUACUGUUAAAAGAAAUGUAUUAUGUUACUAUCUACUUUAUAUUACAAAACUUAAUCAAGACAUAAGCACCAUUCGCAUAGUUAUAAUAAUUAUUGUAAACAAUAAGAUACAAUGUAUUUUAAAUUAACUGUUUCAUUAAAACAAUAGAUCAGGUACAUUAUUAAAGACUACACAUUGUGUAUGUUAAUCGAUGAAUGAUAACAAUUAUUAAUUUAACACAACUUAUAUCUAUUUAACACCUGAGUGUUUGCUGGAAUGAUUUUGGUUUCGAUGUACUUAGACUGUAUUUUUAUAGAAACACAAUGAUAUAGGUAUUUUAUUUCAAUGAAUAUAUCAGUUACAAAAAUUUAGCAUAAUGUGUAGUUUAAUGCCCUUUUAUAUUAUGAA